CACAGCCUCUCUGCUUGUCUUCUCCUGUCACUCGCGCACUUAGCCACCAGUCACAUCUGUGGGUCUGUGUGGUCUCGCUGUGGUUCCUCUGCUGCUGACAGACAACAUAUUUCAGACUUAUUAAAACGGAAAGCUUUUCUUCAGAGAGCACAUAAGGCCCAUACAGUAAUAGUUGAAAUGGAGGAGGUUCAAACUUCGUCAGGACCCCCAGACGCCAAAGAGAACAUCUUAUCAUCAAUAGGUAACAGGUCUUGUGAGAAUCUGGAAUGCUACAUGGUCCUCACGAAGGCAGAGAAGACAGCCAUUGGCUCUAUCUGCUUACUGGCAGGUCCUAUCACACUGCUGGAAAACGCAUUUGUGUUGGGAGUAAUCGCUGCCACAGCCACCCUGCGGCAACGGCCUUCAUAUCUGUUCAUUGGCAGCCUCGCUCUGGCUGAUGUCUUCGCCAGCUGCUUCUUCACCACCAGCUUCCUGGACUUUCAUCUCUUUCGCCGCAGUGACGGUCCCACUGCCUACCUCUUUAAAUUGGGUGGUGUUACCAUGGCCUUUAGCAGCUCCGUGGGGAGUUUACUGCUGACCGCUCUGGACCGUUACCUUUGCAUCCACCAGGCUUCCAGCUAUAAGGUGGUGCUGACCCGCCGGCGAGCACUGCUGUGCCUGCUGAUCCUCUGGAGUGCCACCAUCCUCAUUUCCUUCUUGCCUCUGAUGGGUUGGAGCUGUCCCACUGGGCUUAGUCCACCCUGCUCAAACCUGUUUCCCUACAUCAGCCAUGGCUAUCUUGCCUGCUGGACCAGCAUAAUUCUGGUGCUUCUGGCUCUCAUUUUGGGGGCGUAUGUUCUGAUCCUGUGGAAGGCCCACCGCCACGAGUCCUCCAUGGCCAGCCUCCAAGGAGCAGCAGGGACGGGCCAUGCUCGCAUGAGGAUGGACAUCAGGUUGGCACGUACCUUCGGCCUGAUUCUACUCAUACUAGUGAGCUGCUGGCUUCCUGCACUCUCCUUCAUGUUAGCUGAUGUCUCUGUGCUCCUGACCCACACCCAACAGAGGGCCUUCGCCUUCUGCAGCACCCUCUGCCUGGUCAACUCUGCAGUCAACCCACUGCUGUACGCACUGCGCUGUCGAGAGCUAAGAGUCGCUCUGCUGCAGCAGCUUCAGAGGUUUUGUGCGGCUCAAAGGUGUAAAAAAUCCACAGAGGAAUUAAACCCAGGAUUACCCUCCACAGAAGACAACAACUGCAUUACUUUCUCCGAGGAUGAGAUGCCCAGAACCAGAAGCACCCAACUUAACUCGGUUUCAGAAGUGGUGAACAAUCAGCAGCUGAACACCAGAAAAUGAGUUUAAAUUACGG